GUUUACCAAACCAGGCUGCUAGUGUUGACGAGGGCCUCAACUUCCCGGCAGUCCUCGAGGUCGUUCCUGGUGGAAAGAUCCACCGGGCACCACCUGCCGGUGCCCCCCAUCGAAAGCGCCUCUUACGGUCCGGGACGUCGCGAAGGUCGUCGAUGCGGGCGGUGUCGGAGAGACUGGGCCCUGCCCGAUGCCCACCCGUUCCGCGAGACGCGGGGCUCCCUUGGGAAGCGCGGGCGCCCCCCCAGUGUUGGGCGUUGGCGAGCAAUUUCCACCUGCCCUGCGAUUUCCUGGAUCCACGGGCGCAUGGGGGACUCCUCCUCCAACGGCACCGGCGGGUGUUCGGAGGAGAACGCACAUGGUCUGGAGCGCGGCCACCUUGGUGGCCUCGCCAGCGCCCGGCCGACGGCGCGCUGGUGGGCGCUCGACGUGCAGGCACCGCCGGGAGGCGCUGAGCCCCCUGCCGCUAGAAGACUGGCUGAGCCGCAACGAUGUCCCAUGCCAUGCCCAGUGGUUCCCAGCGUGCUGGCGGCAAAGGCCGCUGCCGCCGCUGUGCCUGCGAUCCACGGGAGGGCUUGGUUGAUGAUGAUUGAUGCAACAAAUAUUUAGUAUUUGGAUUUAGCUGUGGUGUUCAAACAUAUCAUGAUUGAUGCAACAAAUAUUUAGUAUUUGGAUUUAGCUGUGGUGUUCAAACAUAUCAAUCCCCUGUUCCUGCAGAAGUAGAAUACAAUCAAUCCACUGCAACUGAGACUAGCCACAGGACAAUGGCUGAUAAUGGACAGAUAGACUGUUUCUCAACCAUGGCAAGUACACCAAUUUUAACAGUAAAGACCCUUCAUAUCAAUUCAGCGAUUCUUGCUGCAAGAAGUCGUUUCUUUCUAAAGCUUUUCUCAAAUGGCAUGAAUGAAUCUGAUCAGACGCAUCCAAGAAUCAGGAUUGCUGAUUCAGAGGAAAAAGCCUUUAUGGAGCUUUUAAGCUUCAUGUACAGUGGAAAGUUGACAACAAUUGAGCCCACUCUUCUGCUCGACAUCUUAAUGGCUGCCGACAAAUUUGAGGUUCUUUCUUGCAUGAGGUACUGCAGUCAGCUGCUCAGAAGCCUGCCUAUGACCACAGAAUCUGCACUGCUAUACCUAGACCAUCCAUGCUCCCUUUCAAUGGCUGCUGAAGUUCAGAGUGUGGUAGGUGCAGCCAGGGAAUUCCUUGCUGAGAAAUACAAGAUUUUAGACAAGUUUGAAGAAGUGAUGAACAUCUCUCUUUCUGGAAUCGAGGCGAUCUUUUCGAGCACUGACAUACAAGUAGCAUCUGAAGAUGCGGUAUAUAACUUCUUGCUCGAGUGGGCCCGUGCGCGAUACCUGGAACCGGAGGAAAGACGCGAGAUCUUGAGCAGCCGUUUGCUUCCGCUGGUACACUUCAGUCAUAUGACAUGUGCCGCACUUCAGGAGAUCCUAGCAUGCACUGAUGAUGAUAUAGACCGUGAGCAAGUAACCAAGCACAUCAAUGAGGUCCUCCUCCACAAAGCUUACCCAACCCAGAUGGAAGGUGCUCUUGCAGCAGAUGUAUCAACUCUCGAUUGGCAAUCUGUUGAGCGAACUUACGGGUCCAAACAUGUGAAAGCGGUUGCGUUUGAUCGACCUUACCCACAGGUUAUAGUUUACAUGGAUCUAACGCGUGCCGAAUGCUCCGGAUUCUUCCCAUCAGGAGUUAUAUUGUCGGACUGGUUCAAUCUCGCAGGUCAGAAAUUCUAUCUCAUGGCAAACUGGGUACUGGAUGAGGAGACAGGGUUGUACAGCUUUGGCCUCUGGUUAGGGAUAUAUGGAAAUUCUAUCUCAGGCUCGUCGUGUUUCGAUAUUGAGUUUGCUGCAAGGACAAGAUCGUCAGGAAAAUUCUUGAGCAAGUACGGCGGUAGGCACACAUUCAGCGGGUCUUUGCUGGAGGGAUGCGAUGAUCUUUUUGGAGUUCCAUGGUCGACGUUCAUUGCGGACGACAGCCUCUUCAUUGACGUUGUGCUGCAUCUGAGAGUUGAUCUGACUGCGGUGGAGCAGCCUGAAUUACAGACCUGAUGGUAUUUCACUCAGCAAAGUUAGGGUGUGUCUUGAGCCCUGCAUGUGAUACUGUGAGCUGCUGCAGCAGCCAGGAAGUUUAAUCCCUGGGCAUUGUCCGGGGUAACCUGAAUCAUGUGUUGUUGUUGAUCGGUUGCUACUGCAAGUCAGUAGUAACAUGUGUGUGUGUGCGCUGACUGCUGACUUUUGUAUGUUGCUAUCAUACUUCAGAAUUUUAUUUAUGCCUGUGCGAAUGGUCUCUGUGCUGGGAAAGUGAGUUUGUUGGC